AUGGCCGACGUCGUAAUGGAGGCAAGCCCUCCCACGCAGACGCGCCGCGAGCAUCUCGCCAAGACCUUUGAGUCUUACCGCGUUGAACUCGACGAAUACAACGAGCGCCGCGAGAAGGUUAUCAUUCUCAGCCGCGCCAUCACCCAGCUCUCCAAGAAGCUCAUCUUCCACCUGCACCGCGGCGCGACGAGCCCUAGCGCGCGGGCGAAGAACCUGAAAGACGCCCGUGUAAAGGAGCGCGAGAUCCACAAGAACUUUGCCGCUAUUGCGGCUGAGCUCGCGGCCGGCUCGGCGGAGGAGGACGCGGGUGCCGAGAACUUCUGGAAGUUCAACCGCCAGGUCUCUCCUGGCCUCGAGGAGUACAUUGAGGGAUAUUCGUUCCUGUACUACCUCGAGACGGGCGACCUCGUCUCGCUUCCAGAUCUGCAGAAGGCGCUUGUGUCCGAAGAGACAGGCGAGAACCUUGUGGUGAUCACGCCCGAGGACUAUAUCCUUGGCAUGUCUGAUCUGACAGGCGAGCUGAUGCGUUACGCGACCAACGCGCUCAGCACAGGCGACCACAACACGCCCCUCGCCGUGUGCAACUUUGUCAGGGUGGUCAAGACACUGUUUGACGGUAUCGCGCCGUCCGUGCUUUUCAAGCUCAAGAAGAAGCAGGAGGAGACGACUCGCAGCCUCGAGAAGAUCGAGAAAGUGUGCUAUGCGCUGAGACUGCGCCUCGUCGAGUUUGGCGACAAACCCGAGGUGCUGGCUGCCAUGGCUAAGCGCGCUGUGGAGGAGAGUGAGAGCGGCGGUGGAGCUGGUGGAGGCGGCGAGCGGGAUGCGUGA